AUGGCGUUCCAGUCGAUGAUGGGUGGAGCAGAGUGCUCCACCUCCAACAACGGCCUCGCACAGAUGCUCAAGCACACGCAGCAGGACCGCUCCCUCCAGCACGGCGACCGCACCCUCAACGGAUCGCCCAUGCAGCAGGGCGGAGGCAUGCGCCACUCCAACCUCGGCCCGCAGCAGGGAGGCAGCCAGGAUGCAGAGGCCUUCUUCCGCCAGCAGCAGCAGCAGGGUCGUCCCGGCGCCGCCAACUUUGACAUGGGCUCCCUCCGAAACGAGCUCCACGGCGUCGCCGCCCAGUUCCGACCGCCACAGCAGGGCGCGCCCUCGUCGGCAGGCUGGGCCGACCAGAUGGCCAGAGCGGGUCCGCCACCGGGCGCCUCUUCGAGCGACAUGGAGGCCGCGUUCGCCCUCCACCGCCAGUCGCAGGCCAGGCCGCCUCCGUCCAACUGGGGCCAGCAGUUUGCAGCAGGUGGCGGUCCGGCGGCUCAGGCCCACCAGCACCAGCAGCACCAGCAACAAGGACCCGAACCGGCCGCAAGCUCGUACUCGCGCCCCAUGAUGGGCGGCAUGUACGGCGGCUACGGCGGCGGCAUGGGCAUGGGCAUGAUGGGCAUGGGCAUGGGCGGCGGCAUGAUGAGCGGCCAGGCACCCCUCCAGUCGCAGCCGCAGCAGUCGUCGACCGCCUCGUCGCAGCGCUUCGUCGAGCUCGACGACGCAAAGUGGGAGGAGCAGUUCAAGAAGCUCGACGAGGAGACCACCACCGCCGCCGACGACUCCAAGACCAGCGAGGCCGACGCCAAGGGCAAGGGCAAGCAGAGGGACGCCGAAGCCGACGGCCUUCCCUCGGAGGCGGAGCAGAAUGCCUCGAUCCAGCGCGAGCUCGACGCCAUCGAGCAGCAGCUGCGCAGCGACGGCGACGACGCCACCUCUCGCUUCGAGGAGCUCUGGAAGAGCAUGCACUCGCGCAGCGGCGUCCCGCCCUCGGCGGCUGACGCCGAGCUGGCCAAGUGGGAAGAGGAGCUGAUGAAGUCGCGCGACGCCGACGACUUUGACUGGUCGCACCCGGGCGGCGGGCUCGGCCUGGGACGCGCGGGCCUCGAGGAGACCGGCGCCAUCGACGGCACCGAGGAGGCGCUGCUCAACGACUUUGACACCGUCGGGCCGGACGGCUAUCCGCGGCUCGGCACCUACCGCUUCAGCACGCAGAACGCCUUUGAGAGGCACCCGGAUCCGCUCAGCGAGGGCCUCCGGCUGCUCGGCAGCGGCGGCAGCCUGAGCGAUGCGGCGCUGCUCUUCGAGGCCGCCACCCAGCGCGAGUCGCAGGGUGGCUCGGGCGGUGAGGUCGAGCGCGGCGAGGUGGACCGCAACCGGCGCGAGCGCAGCGAGGCGUGGCGCCGCCUCGGCGAGUGCCAGGCCAUGAACGAAAAGGAGACGCAGGCCAUCCGCGCCCUCGAGGAGGCGAUCCGCGUCGACGAAAACAACCUCGAGGCGUACAUGUCGCUCGCCAUCUCGUACACCAACGAGGGCUACGACACGGCCGCGCACGCCACGCUUGAGCGCUACAUCCAGCGCGCCUACCCGCACCUCAAGGCCGGCCCGCUGCCCUCGUCGAUCUCGGGCACCUCGGACCCCAUUGAGGGCACGGCCAACUCGAACCCGUGGGCUACGCUCAACAAGGUGACCGACCUCUUCCUUGCCGCCGCGCGCGAGGGCAAUGCCAACGGCCAGAUCGACCCCGAGGUCCAGGUGGGCCUCGGCGUGCUCUUUUACUCCAACUCGAGCUACGACCAGGCGCGCGACUGCUUCCAGACGGCGCUACAGGCGAGGCCCAACGACUUCCUCCUGUGGAACCGCCUGGGCGCCACGCUGGCCAACGGCGGCAAGCCCGAGGAGGCCAUCGAGGCGUACCACAAGGCCCUCGAGCUGCGCCCGACGUUCACCCGCGCCAUCUACAACCUUAGCGUCUCCUGCCUCAACCUGGGCGCUCACCACGAGGCGGCCGAGCAUCUGCUGGCGGCGCUCUCGCUGCAGCAGACGCACACGCUGCCCGACGUCCCGCCUGGCGAGGAGCCCAGCCCGACGCCGCUCGCCGAUGCCGGCGAGUCGCACAACCUCUGGAGCACGCUGCGCCGCAUCUUCCUCUGCAUGGACAGGAUGGACCUGGCGCAGCACGCCCACGUCGGAUCGAACCUCGACCAGUUCAGGGCGCAGGGAUUCGAGUUUUGA